GAGUUGAGGGCGCUUUUUCUGCGUGCGCAUUUGUGCACAGACGCCCUCUGGGAGCGCACAGACUUCUAGCGCUGUUGAGUUUUGUAGGAGCAUCUCCAGAAGGUUUAGAUUGUGUAGGCAUCCCCCGCUCUUUCUUGUCUUAUUCCCACCAUUGGACACCCCACCAGCUUCGGUCAUGGUGCAGCUCUAAACAGCAAGAGGAAGUUAGGAACGACUUUCUACAGAUUGUUGCGUUUAAUUCCCACCUAGAGAUGAUGUUCUCUUCAGCGGGGAAGCGCUGCUUCACCAUAGAGUCUCUGGUCGCUAAAGAGAGCCCCAUGCCAGCCGAGGACCCCAUCCGGCCGACAGCGUUAAGUUACUCCAACCCGACGACGGAUGCCUUAAUGAACGGUUACCAGGGGCCCCCGGCCAGGCCCCUCUACCAGAGUUCGGAGCUGGUGUUCCCGGAGUCGGUAAAUCCGUCCCUCACUGUGGCCCCGCACCAGCUCGGAGGCUCCCACCUACAGCAUCCGCACUUCUUCGGCACGCAGCACCGGGACCCCCUCAACUUCUACCCCUGGGUGUUACGGAACAGAUUUUUUGGACACAGAUUUCAAGGUAAUGAUGUGUCCCAGGACAGCCUGCUCCUUCACGGCCCUUUCGCCCGGAAACCAAAGCGCAUCCGGACGGCCUUCUCUCCGUCUCAGCUGCUCCGCCUGGAGAGAGCCUUCGAGAAGAACCACUAUGUGGUGGGAGCUGAGAGGAAGCAGCUGGCCAACAGCCUGAGUCUGAGCGAGACGCAGGUGAAAGUGUGGUUCCAGAACAGACGGACGAAGUACAAGCGUCAGAAGCUGGAGGAGGAGGGUCCGGACAGCCAGCAGAAGAAGAAGGGGAACCACCACAUCAACAGGUGGCGCAUCGCCACCAAACAGGCCAGCUCCGAGGACAUCGACGUGACCUCAGAGGACUGAAACCCCCAGACAAAGCUGCCCCCACAACACCAGAGGACCAACACUAUUUAUUAUGUAACACUAUUAUGCAUUGUUAGACUCAUUAGAGGAAGACUCAAGGAUUCCAUAUGUGAUCACGACACGUCUUCAUCAAGGUGCUCCUCUCAGUGAGUACAGACGUCCUGCUCUGUGACAUCCAUGCUAAAGAGCAGUGGACCAGGGGAGAUCCUUGCAUCAUGAUGACUGAAGAGGAAAGUCGUACCUAACGGUGGACGGGGCUUGUUUUGUUGUCUUGUUUUUUUUUGUACAUAGACCAGUAAUGAAGGUUGUUUUAACAAGAAGCUCAUAGUUUCCAUAAUUAUUUACACCUCACUCUUCAGUCUUUCCUUCAUCUGUGCACCACGUCCACCAUGUCCAUUUCAUCAGUUUAAUAAGAACUGCAGCAGCGGUGCACUGGCAUCUUUAACUCACUCAGAUGGAAGAAAACAUCUUUCAAGUUUAGCUGCGUGAAGGUUGAAGCUCUUCUGCAAAUGAAGGUUCCUCCCUGAGAGGCGGGCUGUGAGCAGCUGUGUGUGAACACAUGACACAUUGAAAGCCCAUGUCAGAACAAGUUGAGUCACAUCAUCAAAGCAGCAGUGCUAGAUGAUGUCCAUUCUUUUGCUGCGUGUAGAACAAGACAUGUAUGGAAACACAUCGAGCACUGCAUGUAACGAUAAAGGAAGUGGCUUGGAAAUAAUAAAACUGAGAGAAGUGUCCCAUAUG